UAGACACGUCCAUUACACUAUCUAUACGCAUAUUGUUCCCCUCUCUCUCUCUCUCUCAGAGUCCCGAAAAUGUCGUGCUUCAAGGGAAAAUACCAUGAUGAGCUCAUUGCUAACGCUGCUUACAUUGGCACCCCUGGAAAGGGAAUUCUUGCUGCUGAUGAAUCAACUGGGACAAUUGGCAAGCGGUUUUCCAGCAUCAGUGUUGAGAAUGUUGAAGAAAACAGGCGUGCUCUCCGUGAGCUUCUUUUCACCACUCCUGGUGCCCUCCAAUACCUUAGUGGAGUGAUUCUCUUUGAGGAGACCCUUUAUCAGAAGACAGCUGAUGGCAAGCCUUUUGUUGAGGUCCUAAAAGAGGGAGGAGUUCUUCCUGGAAUUAAGGUUGACAAGGGCACUGUUGAGCUUGCAGGCACCAAUGGUGAGACAACCACCCAAGGCCUUGAUGGCCUUGCACAACGUUGCCAAAAGUACUAUGAGGCCGGUGCACGUUUUGCUAAGUGGCGUGCUGUCCUCAAGAUUGGCCCAACUGAGCCGUCACAGCUGGCUAUCAAUGAAAAUGCCAAUGGCCUCGCUCGCUAUGCAAUCAUCUGCCAGGAGAAUGGUUUGGUCCCCAUUGUUGAACCUGAAAUCCUGGUGGAUGGACCUCAUGACAUUGAUAAGUGUGCUGAUGUGACUGAACGUGUCCUUGCUGCAUGCUACAAAGCUCUAAAUGACCAUCAUGUCCUCCUUGAGGGCACUCUUUUGAAGCCAAACAUGGUAACCCCAGGAUCGGAAGCCCCAAAGGUCACACCUGAGGUGAUUGCAGACUACACUGUUCGUGCCCUUCAACGUACUGUGCCUCCAGCUGUCCCUGCCAUUAUGUUUUUGUCUGGUGGGCAGAGCGAGGAGGAGGCAACCCUCAACCUUAAUGCCAUGAACAAGCUCAAGGGCAAGAAGCCAUGGACUCUUUCCUUCUCCUUUGGACGGGCUCUUCAGCAGAGCACUUUGAAGGCUUGGGCUGGAAAGAAGGAGAACGUGCCCAAGGCACAGGCUGCAUUCAUUACUAGGUGCAAGGCCAACUCAGAGGCAACUCUUGGUACUUAUAAGGGAGAUGCAAAGCUUGCUGAGGGUGCUGCCGAGAGUCUACAUGUUAAGGAUUACAAGUACUAGGGUGAUUUUGCUUGCGGUAGUUUCUACUUCUCAUCUGACAAAAAUAAGGGUGUGGAGAUAUGCUAUGUUAGUAUUAGGAUAAUAAGCAUGACUGUACUGGCAAUGCAUUUUUAUGGAAGGUUGAAUGUUUGCGACUUCUUUAUGAAGUUUUAUAUCUUUAUAUGAGGAGGUUGAUGUCUUUCUGCUUUGAUGUUUCCGAAGAAAGUUCUUUUUAUUAAUGUAAUGCUUGUGAUAUUCUUUUCCUU